ACUUCAACUGUCAAACAAAAGCAUAACAUUCGAUUUCGUGCCGAUGCCAAAAGACCGAGUUUCGAACGUUGUGUGAAAUUCAGAGCGGAUUUUUCGGGCAUUUUUUUUUAGUAUUAUUUUGUUCGAAAAUUACUUUCUAACCACCAAAACAACAUGGAUGAUGAAGCUGAAACUUACAAAUUGUGGAGAAUCCGCAAAACUGUUAUGCAGUUGAGCCAUGACCGAGGCUAUCUCGUAACGCAAGAUGAAUUGGAUCAAACGUUGGAACAAUUCAAAGAGCAAUUCGGUGAUAAACCAAGUGAAAAGCGUCCAGCUCGUUCGGAUUUGAUUGUGUUGGUGGCUCACAACGAUGAUCCAACGGAUCAAAUGUUUGUUUUCUUCCCGGAAGAGCCGAAAAUUGGCAUCAAGACCAUUAAAACCUAUUGUACUCGAAUGCAAGAAGAGAAUAUUCACCGGGCCAUUGUUGUCGUACAACAGGGCAUGACACCAUCGGCUAAGCAAUCUCUCGUCGACAUGGCACCCAAAUAUAUUCUAGAACAAUUUUUGGAAUCUGAACUACUUAUCAACAUUACCGAACACGAAUUGGUGCCCGAGCAUGUGGUGAUGACACCCGAAGAGAAGCAAGAACUGUUGGCCCGUUAUAAAUUGAAAGAAAACAUGUUGAUGCGUAUCCAAGCUGGUGAUCCGGUGGCACGAUACUUUGGCUUGAAACGUGGUCAAGUUGUAAAAAUUAUUCGACCAUCCGAAACAGCCGGUCGCUAUAUUUCCUAUCGUUUAGUGUGCUAAUUCUGUUUUUUUUUCAUACGAUACAAGACCAUUUUUUUCAUAGACUCGAUUCGAUUUAAGAUUAAACAUUACCGAUAUUGUCGUCUUUCUUUGAUGAAAUAAAACGAUUCAAGAGAUUUAAGAACAGAA